ACUUGCGCGCUAAAGGAGCGAUGUGGCGUCCGUGUACCUCCAACAGCUCUCGUGUGAUUCGACUGUCAGUUAGCGUUUAAUUGUGGUCGCACAAUUUAGUCUGCCGUAGAAAAUUGUGUUUACUGAAAUAAAUGUACAAACAUAUACCAACAAAAAAACGAUCAUAAAAAAAUACUCUGACUGCGAGUAUAUUUAUUGAGCGCGCAGCCAAGAAGACAGAUCAUAAUUUUCAAAAAUUUUGUAUUUUAUUCCAAAUAGGAAAAAUCAAAUACAUUAAAAACAUAAUUGAAUAAAUUCUGAUAGAAGACAAAUAAUUAAAAUUGUAAAAAAGCAAAAAAAAAUCCGCAAAACUUGAUUUGAAGUUAAUGGUGCAUACCGUAAUCGCAAAAAAAUAUAUACCUAAUUACGUGACUAUUCUCCCAUUUUUGACGCGAAGACGAGAAUUUUGGUAAAGUAUUUUCUGAAAACAACGAAGAUGGUGCGACGCUACGCGUUGCAGGCGUAAACGUAAUUACCGCAAAUCAAUCGUGUGUGACACUAUAAUUGAAAAUACCCAAUCUUUACAUAUUGUGUUAAUUUGCAAACCAGUAUACGUACAUAUAUAAUAUUGUUUUCCUUACUUAAAGUAUUCAAAUAUCAUAAACCGCUGUCACAAGAGUGCAAAUCACCUAGAAAUAUAAAGUUCGAUAGGAAACAAAAAUGGAUUUCAUUUCAAAUCUAAUAAAGCGGCCAAUAAGUUUGGUGCGCAGCGAGUCAUUGUCGUCAGAUCAAGGACAAGCAAAUUCGCGUCCAAUCACGCCGCAACACUCGCCAUCACUAUCGCAGUCGCCUUUGUCGCCCUUCGAUCGUGCCAUUAUACCAGAAACGCAUCAACAACCUAUAGCUAGUACCCUAAACGGCCCACUCAUUUCAGCCAAUGUAAUGGAUAUGCAGAAUGUACAGAACGAUUUUCAUCCCAUCACAACGGCACCAACAACACGUACCUCACCACCAAUAAGUCAAUCGGGCUCACAGACGUUUUCUAGUUCGCUGCAAACAAGCGCCAGUAGUCAUGGCAGUGACAGGUGUGAUGGCAAUAUCUUAAAUCCCGUAAACACUGAUGGCAAUACAAUCGAAGAGUUGCUCAUACAAAUCAAUGACAAUUUAAAUAUGGGUGAUCUGUUGCAUACCGACACUGAAUUGAAUCAACAUACUUUGCCAAAUCGUCCAUUAUCAUUAUCGCCAACAGCAUUCGCGAAGGCAUUGUCAUCUGAGUAUAACGCAAUUUCUUCGAAAUCUGCAAAUUUGAAAGAGUCUUCUUCAACGCAAUAUAAAGAGUCAUCCUCUUCAGCUCCAUCUUCACUUAAGACAUCUGCUAUGGCACCUGUCGCUGAUAGUGCAUCUGCUACGUUAAUAGCGAGUGAAAAAGAACGAUGCAUUGCCGAGUCAAAAGCGGGAACUUUGGAUGUGGCCGUUCCUGCAGUGUCGCUUAAAGCAGAUAUUCAUAUAGAUAAAGACAAGAGUUUUCCUGGUGCAGCUGCUGAUGCGAGUGGAACAAAAGUUGUGGAGAUGCCUACAGCUUUAAAUAUAAAUACAGAAGAUCGGGCAAAAUUAACAUUCGAAGAUGGUCUUAUACCAACAUUGACUGCAGCCAUAAAUGAGCGUGAAAAAAGUAGUAGUGCUGCCGGGAAGGAUGAAUCCAACGCUCGCCAUAACUUACAGCCACCUAUGGAACCGGAUACAGCAACGUCGUCGGACAAUGAGACCUUUGCAGAAUGCGAAACCGAUCAAAUUUCAACUUCGAAUAACGAUUACGGUUUUAUUGCUGACGAAUAUAGCUUUGAAAAUUCUGAAGUUGAGUCAUACUUCAGCGCUGCAAACUCGAGAAAUGUCACUAUCAGAAAUGAUGAAGCAGACCCAUUAAGUUUAAGUAUGAAUAAAGUGCCAGAACAAAGUCACAUUGAUCCAGUUGAUCUACUAUCUGUUAUGAGUGGCGGUAAUAUAUUGAUACAACAAACUGCUCAUUCUUUAGAUGUAACCUUUGAUGAAGAACCAAUGGACGUCGAUAUUAGUUGCACCGAAAUAAAAGAGCAUUUAAAUGUAGAACUCACUCAGGUAACUACACCUCUUGGAACAGCUCUAAAAACUGUCACCCAUGAAAACGUUGUUACGACAAUUCCUAGCGUCGAGUGUAAACCAGAAACUAGUAAUAAAAGUGAAACUUUAAAAAGUAAUACAACAACGGCUCAGCACGAAACUAGUGUAGAAACUACACAGUCUGAAGUCGAGGUCACGUUAAAUCGCACUGACGAGCUACCUACUUCAACAGCACAAAACCACAGUAUUGAGCAUAAAGACAUUGAUAGUAGCACAACUGAAACAGCUUCGGAAGUAACUGCUGAUUUAUCAAGAAAUACAAUAACUUCCCCAAUUUCAGUGUAUUCAGCAAAUACAAGUUUACAACCCAUCGAAGAAAGUGGAAUGAAACACUCUUCAUUUGAAAAUAAACAAGAAAAUCAAAAGUCCUUGACUGGGUCACAUAACGCACUGAAUUUGACAACUGACAUGAAUUCAUCAACAAGUAGUAGCAAAAGCUCAGCCUCCUCUCCGAGUUUUCCUAUAAAGCAGAAGGGUAUCUCACUCAAGCAAUUUCCACGUUCUCCCGUUGCUGACGCACCAAAGAAAAUCCCAUUUCUUGAGAAAUCCGAAUAUACUGAGCGCAUAGAAACGGAACGUAAAAAAUCUGUGGCCAAUGAUCCAAAAUUCGCUCUACCCGGGUCUCGAAAAACAUCCUCGAUUGAUGACAGACCUGCCCAACUAGCUAAAUCUGAAAUGGUUGCUGCAAACACCGAAAGAUACGCUGCAUGCUCGAAAGAUAAUCUCAACGAGAUUGUUGCAUCAGUAAAAACAAACGGUAGCACAACCACUGAAUCGGACAUACCUACAAAACACGCUGAAUUGUGUGAGAGUUUAGAUAAACGUCGUACUUUCAAUAUAACACCACCUGUUUCGGAAGAUACAGAAAAUGUGAGACUAAAGCAUAUAAGCGAUGAAGAUAAGCGGCGCACAUAUAAUAUACCCUCAGAACAGAUGAAUGUUUUUUCAUUAAAAUCUGAUCGGGAAGUAGAUAAACAGCGUACAUUUGAUAUGCCUGCUGUGCCAGCGGAAACCGAUACUGCUAACCAAAAAUAUGUCUCUGAUGAGGGGAAUAAUCGGCGAACAUUUAAUUUAGAAUGUUCUGAAAAAAAUAAUGAUAAACUUGAAGAGAAAUCUUCAAGCGGGAACGAUGUUGAUGAAAUACCUCGUACUUACAUUAUAUCCGAACCAGUAACCUUAGCAACAACUUCAAACAAUUUCCCAAAACCGGAAGAAAUAGAUGAGCCCAUGGAUUUAGAUGAAACGUUACCUAUGGAGAGUGCAAAAUCUUUACCAACACCAAUACAGUCACCCCCAACUACAACAAUCUCCAGUUCGCCGCCAAUACCAACACUGCAGAAUCGUAGCGCAUCAUCUUUAGAUAAGUCACCAACUCUAUCAUCCAUCCAAAAUCAUCGGCGGGAUGAGAACGUAACAAAUCUUAAAAUGGAUGAUGAAGCAUUCAGAGUACCUUUACCACCAUCACCAUCAUCAUCUACGGCAUCGCCACCUAAGCCCACUAUACAAAAGCGUCCAUCAAUACAUGCGUAUAAGAAUGCAGAAGACACUGUUACUGUUGAAGCAUUAUCAGCAAAAGAACAAACGAAACGUGACUCCAGUGAUGAGAAGGAUGUGUUUGCUGGAACUAAUACCCCAUCGCCAAUGGAAGAUCAGCCAUCAUCAACUAGCGGCUUUGGCAUUUUCGGCAGUGACCUAAAUGUGGACGCUGAUCAGCAAGAAUACACAAAUGAGCAAUUCUUCUGUGGAAAUAACUUAAUUUUAAAUCCAUCCGACUUUGAUUAUCUACUAACAAAAGGCAAUAAUAGCGCGCCAGUCGAUCGUAACUCGUUAUUACUAAAAUUUGAUCCAUUACUCGGUGUGCCAGUACCUGCAAAUCAAAUUCAACAGCAACAAAAUUCUGUAAAACAAUCGUCACAAAUAUUGCAAAACAUUUUAGGCAAUAAUAAUAAAGCGAAUUUAAGUCCUACAAUUGAAGAGGACGAACACUCAACAUCAUCGGCGUCCGUAUCAUCAAUUAACAAUAAUCAAUCGUGUGCUGACGAGGCAGAUAAUAAGAGAUCACCAUCAAGUGUUGGGGCAGGAAGCGACGAAAACUUUCAGUCUAAGCAUAAUUUGCAUAAAAAUUCAACAGAAAAGCAACAAAACAAAGAGCAACAGCUACCGCAACAACAGCCCCAAACUAAAAGUUCAAAGAAGCAUGCCAGUAUGAGUGUCGACGUGAUUAAGGACAUGAAUAUCGAUAACGAUUGCAACAAAACUUUUGAGAACUCAAACUCACAACCCGAUGAAAAACAAAUAAACUACAAAAUGGACGAACUCGAGAAAAAAAUUAAAAAUGAAGUCCUAAAAACAGAAGAUAUUGAGAAAAAACUUAAGGAAGCUGAACAGCGGGAGGAGGCAUUAAUCAAGCGGAUAACAGAAAAAGACAAAACAAUAACAAAAAUGACCGGUGUCAUUGAAGCGUAUGAGAAAGCCAUUGCUGAACUAAUCGCCGAGAAAGAGCAAUUAUUGCAAGGCUAUGAAAAACAACUGGCGGAGGUUAAGGCAGAUCGCGACUCGAAUUAUCAACAUCUCACAUCACUCGAAACGACUUUCGCUGAUCUGCAUGUCAAAUACGGCAAAAGUAAGGAGAUGACACUGCAGUUGAAGUCAAACGAAGAGGCCUUAGUUGCAGAAAAACGUCAAAUAUUGGAAAAUUUGCGAUUACAAGAACAGCGGUAUGACAAAAUGAAAAAUCAUGCCAUGCAGCAGCUGGAAAUUGCCAACAAAAAACUCGAAUCCCUUAACAAAGAACACAGUAUCGAAACAACAAAACUGAAAGCAUUACUCAAAAAGGAGGAAAUAUCGCGAGCUUCUAUCAACGAGCAAUUACAACAAAAGUCGCGAGAAAAUGCUGAGCUUGUUAAAAUAUGUGAUGAACUAAUAAGUGGUUCGGGAAGUUAAGUGAAUUUAAUGGGCAAUGUCGACAGCGCUGCGACAAACUACAUUAAUUAACACAAAUAUCAACUGAUCUGCAUAUACUCCACAUAUAUGUGGUAUUUUGUAUUUGUAAUGUAUGCCCAAAAACCCAGAAGAGUAGUGCAUUACAUUGCAUUACAAUUACUCGUUAAUUAGAAAUAUUUUAGUUGCCUGAUUAGCAAGAAAAGGUGGCGCGUGCGUGCUUGCGUACAAAUGCCUGAUGCGCUUAAGAAAAAAUGCAUUCAUUUAUGUUCGCAGUCAUUCACAAACAUUUGUGACUAAUUUAAGAAAUUGCCCUCAUGUUAAUAUAUACUAUAGUUAUUGCAAUUUAAUAUUUUUUUGUUGUUCAUCUACAUUUACAUUCAUAAUGAAUUUUCUUUUACUGAUUUUGUACUUUGCCGCAUAUAAGUAAUAAUUAUUGUUAAGUAUUUUUUUUUUUUUUUUGUAUGUCGAAAAAUAUGUAGGCAACUCUAAUUUAUUUCAUAGAAAUCUAUAAACUCAUGCAUGAUUAAUUAUACAUACCUCAUGACAUUCGUGAAUUAGUAUGUGAGAAAAGGGUAAAAGAAAAGAUUCGAUUUAACUUUUUGUAUGUUAUGUAUUGUAGUCGUAAUUGUAUACUCUUACAAUUUGCAGAACAAUGCUGUGAAUGUUCUAAUAUGAAUUUCUCUGGAAAGAAAACUAACUGUACAAUCUCUUUAAAUUAUAAUUUGUUUACUAAAAAUCAAAAUGUUAAGAGCUAAUUUGUAUUUUGAAUUGUAUUAAUUUAUAUACUUUUAGUUUCCCACCAAAAAGCCGAGACUAAAAUGAUAAUUAAAAAAAAAAUCGAAUUAUUAAAAAAGAUAUAAAUAUAUAUUUAAAAAUAAGUUCUGCACUUUUGUAUUUUUCCGUUUUGGUUUUUUAUUUAUUUAUUUAUAAUUUGGCGUAUAAAAAAUAAAAUCGAAAUCAAUGGUAAGAUUGAAUUUGCAUUAAUAAUUAAGUGUCUAAUAAGUCAUUUUAUCAUUUUUUUUUUUUGUAUUCUCUCAUUAUUUUAUUCCCGUACUCUGUAUGAGAAAAGUUAUAAUAUUAAUAUUCGUACAUGUGCGUGCAGCUAGUUUUAUUUCUUAGAUGUGUUCAAGCUACAUCAUGGACAUCUACAUACCCCAAAAAAGUACUUACAUGUACACUUUGAAAUUGUGAACAUUUACACGCUAAGUAAUUAAGUAUGGUAUGUAGUCUAAUUACGCAGAAGCUCAGUCUAAAUAUUUCACUUUCAUUUUUAUGUAAGAAAAAUGAAAGUUGUAUGAAAAUAUCGAGUAUUAAGUCUAUGAUAAACGGCAGACUUAAUUUUGCACUUCUCUGAUGUAGGAUUUGGAUAUACCAAAAUACAUUUCAUUAAAAUAUAUAUUUUUCUUAACACAACGUAUACUUGAAUGAAUUGUUAAUCGCAAAUAUAUCUUCCAAAAUAGUUUACAACACAUAACCGA